AUGAAUAAAACAACCGCCUUGGCGCUGCUAGGAGCUGGCAGCCGUGAGGAGUUACCGGCGCACCGGGUUUUAACGGGCUGCGUCCUGGCGCUGCUUAUCAUUUGGACACUUUUUGGCAACUUCACGGUGUGCGCAGCCGUUUGCCGUUUCCGGCACCUGCGCGCCAAAGUAACCAACAUUUUCAUCGUGUCCCUGGCUCUGUCAGACCUCCUGGUAGCCGUGCUGGUGAUGCCCUGGAAAGCUGUGGCUGAGGUGGCUGGCUUCUGGCCGUUUGGGGGAUUCUGUAAGACCUGGCUGGCGUGCGACAUCAUGUGCUCUACGGCCUCCAUCCUCAACCUGUGCGUCAUCAGUGUGGACCGCUACUGGGCGAUCUCCAGCCCGUUCCUCUACGAGAGGAGUAUGAACAAGAAGGUGGCUUCAGUCAUGAUCGGCGUGACCUGGACAGUCUCCGUGGUCAUUUCCUUCGUCCCCGUGCAGCUGAACUGGCACCGGGCGGAGAUGAGAAAUCCAUUUGGGGAGGAUAUGGCGCUUAAGCGUGGUGAUGGAAGCUGUGACUCCAGCCUGAGCCGCACCUACGCCAUCUCCUCAUCCCUCAUCAGCUUCUACAUCCCCGUGGCUAUCAUGAUUGUCACAUACACGCGCAUCUACCGGAUAGCGCAGAUGCAAAUCCGGAUGAUAUCCUCCCUGGAGCGGGCGGCGGUGCACGCGCAAAGUUGCCGCUCGGAUGUACCUGAACUGUUUCCUGACCUGUGCACGGAAAUCGGUGCCAGCUCAUAUCAGUCUCAAAUCAGUCUCCAUCCUGACUCUCAGCGCUCUAACCGGGAGCUCACAGUCUCCAUCAGAAAAGAGACAAAAGUCCUUAAGACUCUCAGCAUCAUCAUGGGUGUCUUUGUCUGCUGCUGGCUGCCAUUCUUUGUCCUGAACUGCGCUCUGCCCUUCUGUCCAGGGCCAGAGGCCCCGGGAGCGCAGCGGGGCCCUCACUGCGUCAGCGAAAAAACCUUCGAUGUGUUCGUGUGGAUCGGCUGGAGCAACUCGUCCCUCAACCCGGUCAUUUAUGCGUUUAACGCGGACUUCAGAGACGCCUUCCUGCGCCUGUUGCGCUGCCGCGGAGGAGGCUGCUGCGCCGCGGUGAGCGCAGCGGUGGAGACGGUGAUGGCGAGCAACGAGGCCGCACACAUGCAGCAGGAGAGCCCGCCGAACGGGAAGCUGGUCGUCUCCUGUGCAAUGAAUAAUACCAGGGGGAGCGAGGACAGCGGGAACACCACGGUGACUGUGUUUUAUCACAGAGGGACGGCCGCGGAGCAAGUGAUGGACACCGACGAGAGCAACGACAAAGACAGACUGACGCACAUACCCAUAUAA